UACUUUGACAUUUUCUGAGAACAUCAUGGCCUCCCAGGACUGUCAGGUGUGCCUGGAGCGUUUCAACAACGUGGGGAGGAGGCCGAGAUGCCUCAGCUGUGGCCAUACCCUCUGCAAUUCAUGCCUGACAGACAUCCUAGGCCGAGGCAAGCUUCUGUGUCCCUUCUGCCGCUUACCCCACAACGGGACGGUCCAGUCGGCGGACGACGUCCCCAUUAACUACACCGUCGUCAGUCUCCUGGAGGACCCGGCGUUUUCCCUGGCCACGCAGAGGGAUCAAGCUCUCCUUGUGGAGCUGAAGCGCGAGGCGAGCGAGCUGAACACGGAGCACCUGGUGACCCUCAACUGCCACCUGACGCGGCUGCGCGACUUCCAGCAGAAGCUGAGUCACCAGAGGGUCAUCCACCAGAACCAGCUCCAGGCUCUGCAGACCCUCGUCGGGAGACACGAGUCCCUCCUGGAAGCCAUGGUCUCCGCUUCCGACGAAGCGGCAGCCAGGAUAGAAGAGGGAGAGGGGACGCGGACAACCCUAGAGAGCGCGCAAGAUCAGGUGAACUCUGCGUCGUCUCUCUUGGAAGUUGCGCAGGUGCAUCAGGAGCACGGCGGGCGUAGCGUCAUGGUGCAAGAGUGGGUCGCAAAGGCUCAGAACGUCUUGGGUUCUCAGGCGCUCAGCAGAGCGAAGGAGAUCGAGAUAGUCACAUGCUCUGCGUUAGAGGCUGCUGUGGAAAGGAACACUGCUGGUGCUGCAGCUAAUUUUUCUCCACGUAAAGGAAGGCACAGUGACUUUGAUGAUAUUCCAAAGUUCUUGUCAGAAAUACUGAAGGCAGCUUCUCUCGUGGGCAGCGAUGUGUGGGCAGUACACAACGAGGAAGGAAGGAGCCGCUGUGCCAGAGUCACACUGCUUGACGGAUACCUCCUACUGCAUUCACUCCGUGAGGGAACGCCACCUGUCUACACACACAAAGUUGAAUACCUAGACGUGAGGAACAUGGUGGACAGAACUUGCAUGCGAACAUUCUUGGAGUUCUCUUGGAAUGGCCAGGUUCAGGGAAGGUUAGUCAUAAAACUGGUCAACUUGGCUCCGAGGACCCGCCAGUUCUUCUACCUGUGCUCGGGGGAGCGGGGUCCCUCGUACGCAAACACCCGCCUCUUGGAAGUGGAAAACAGAGGCAGGCCAGGGGAGCGCAUCUGGGGCGGAGAUUACGAAAUGGACAACGGAACUGGUGGCGCACCACUUCCAGGCCUGACCAUGGGAGACCUCACCGCCCAGAGCGUGACUGCCGGACUCGUCGCCGGGUUCUGCUACUCGAACGACCACAAGCCGGCCCACUUCACGAUCUACAGCUACGACCACCCAAUAGAGUAUGAAGAGUGUCCGAUAGGCCAGGUCGAGCUCGGUCUCGACGUGGCGUGCAGUGCGGCUAAACUCACCAACAUUCAAGAUGCUGUCGUCAGCGACUGUGGCAUCGUGCUUCCGCUGCAUGUUUAGACUUCUGCCACUUCUGUUUCUGAAAUAACUAUACUUCUGACUUUUUUUUUUUUUUUUUUUUUUUUUUUUACUCUUGAGAAUGCAUAAUCUCUCAGACCCACCGAGGUUCCUUAUCUGAAACAAAUAGCUACCACGUGUCACUGGAAGUCGUAAGCACUGUGAUUUUCUCUCCCAGUGGGUGAACUGGAAUACCAAUCUGACACUAGUUUACUGUUCAAAUCACUACCUCUCUUUCACUGAUCAAAAGGCAGGACUAGGAAUGGAUCAGUUAGAAGUGCCAAAAUUUAUUGUAUAUACAUAGUAUAUUUAUCACAGAUAGGUCCUGGAGAGGAGAAUUAAAGCAUAUUCAGGCUACAGUUUACAUAAAGAUGUGCAGUGUACAUAGUCUUCACAUAUCAAAAUGUAAAUAUACUUCCGCUUCCUUUUAAAAUGCACCACCAUAUUGUAUAGAGUUAACCUUUGGCACCUUGCAAUAAUCUGUGAUUUUGUAUAUAAGUAUAGUAGUCUAUUUAAGCGGGAAAUAGUCUUGUCUGGCAUUUCCCCUGGGGUUAGGAGAGGUUGUUUGGUAAGUGAAUUUUGUGCUGCAAAUGCUUUCAAGACUUUUCGAGGUGGAUGAAUGUAUGGAAAAAUUUCUGCUACCUUGAGCACAGUAGGGUAUUCCAGUGUUCUGGUAAACCUUAGGCAUUUAGUUUUCUUAUUUUUGUAUGGCAAGCUUAGCUUCCCUUUAUAAUUUUCCAUAAAAUAUUACAUUUCUGUACAAUAUAUGACUGCUCUGACAUUUGCUGUCAUCAAACGGCUCACCAAGACUGCUUCUACCAGUAUUAUAGAUAUAGAACAGAGAGACAAGUUUUGUGCUGGAUAUCAAUUUUUGCAAUUUACAGGAACAAUCCAUUUCUGUCUCUCUUGCUCUCUGCAAAGUCUGUUGAAAAUCAGUGCCUCUCAAUUAUACUUAGCGGUGCUUUAUCAUUCCAAGACUAGUGUAUCCAUAUCGUUAAGAGUGACAGCUACGUAUCAUACUUGUACAGUUUUGAUUCUACGGGCAUUCUGUAGUGUCUUGACUUCGUCCGUGCAAAGCAACUAGAGGUUCUGAUAGCGGCAUACGGUUUCCAAACAAGUGAAUUGAAAGAUUUAGCAGUUGUUAACAAGUUGAAAACAAGCAGGGAAGAAUCCUGAUGUCUGAUUGUGGCUCAGCAAGUUAAGAACAAGAUUGUGGUUUAAAAGGUUCAGAACAAGAUGAGUGAGGUGGUUAACGGUGGAUUAGCUAGUCAAAACAAGAAUAAGAUUCAGAGGGUCAGAUUUUGGUGUCUUGUAGUCAAAUUGUUGAUGUUUUAAAAGGAAUUUCAGUGACCUGUAUUUACAUCCAGGUUAUUGGUAAAGUUUGACUCUGAAUUAUCAACCUCAACCUCUUUUGCAAAAAUAUUCCAGGAGCCGAAUCGAGAGGCUCGUCUUGAGGGUGUGUUUUGUCUCAAGUAGAAAUGUGGAUGUUAUUGACAUGAUUACAAUUUUGUACUAAACAGUGACCAGAAGGGUGCCACCCUUUCUUUUUGCAGUGCAUUGCACCCACGGACUAACUCCUCCGAUUGGCAACGAGGAAGUUAGACCACCUGUAUGUGUGACAUUUUAUAUCUUUGGGAAAAGACCGGGUGUCAACUGCUGAUCUAGAUUUAGUCUAAAUGAUUUUAUAUUUAUUGAAAGUCUAUAUUGUUAAAUGUCCUCACAGCUGAAACGUAUUUGUUAUUCUUCAUCAGCAUUACGAUAAUAAAAUUAUAUCAGUUCUAGA